AUGUGCCUGCAUCAUAGCCAGCGUCCAGGGCUGCUGCUCUCAGCACACUCACAAGAGCCCAGGGGACCAGGGUCCCUAGCAGCCAUCGUGAGAAAACGCACAGAGACCCAGGAGCCUCGGUCCCCAACCCUCGGCCAGAAGUCUGGGGACCUGGCGCCCCCGAUGUGCGGAGCCAGGCCGGAGCCUGGGCGCCUCGCCUGCCCUUUUCGUGGCCAGAAUGGGAACAGAAACCCACGAUCCGAGCGCUACGGGCAGGUAGCUUUUCCGAUGCCAGGGCGGCCAGCGCAGCAGGAGGCGCCCGGCGAGCCCAGGUCUUCAGGCGGGGAGGAGAAAGGGGAUGUUGGUGAGGGGGAACUCCGAGAAAGGGGGGCGCCCGCAUCGGAAGGCAGGCGAAGUCCCGGCCUCCCGGGCGGAGGUCGUGCGGCCGGAGAGGCCGGUUCCCGGCUGCACUGA